AUGCUUGGAUUUGGUCGUCCUCGUCUUAACCACAGAAAGUCAAUUGUCGAAUUCAUCACCGGCAAAAGCAUCGACGAUCUUUCUGACCUCAAGUACCUUCAUCAGCAGCUCGGUCUUCCUAGUCUCGUCGAGGACGAUCUUGAAGGGGAGCUUGCUGGUCCCAGCUUCAGUGACACCUCUAUCUUCGCCUUCCCGCAACCCCUUCGGACCCUACCCACUACUGCCCGCACAUACAGAAGAAUGCCUGCGUCGAAAGAGAGUGGAAUUGGCCAUGACCAGCAAAAUGGUUCCAUCUUUUCCGUUUCCGGGCCGGUCGUGGUCGCCGAGAACAUGAUCGGUGUAGCCAUGUACGAGCUUUGUAAAGUCGGCCACGAUGAGCUGGUCGGCGAAGUCAUUCGCAUCGAGGCCGAUAAAGCUACAAUUCAGGUCUAUGAAGAGACUGCUGGUGUCACUGUCGGCGAUCCAGUCCUGCGAACGGGCAAGCCUCUAUCCGUGGAGCUUGGCCCUGGUCUUAUGGAAACCAUCUAUGACGGUAUUCAGCGGCCUCUGAAGACCAUCGCUGGCGAAACCAACAGCAUUUACAUCCCACGCGGCAUCGCAGUGCCUGCCCUAGAUCGAAAGAAGAAAUGGCCUUUCACUCCAACCAUGAAAGUCGGAGAUCACAUCAGUGGUGGAGAUGUCUGGGGCAAGGUCGUGGAGAACAGUCUUCUCAAUGAGCAUCGAAUUCUCCUGCCUCCCAGAGCUAGAGGGACCAUCAAGAAGAUUGCUCCCAAGGGAGAAUACACAGUUGCCGAACCACUGCUUACCGUUGAGUUCAAUGGCGAAGCCAAGGAAUACCCAAUGAUGCAAUCAUGGCCUGUCCGAGUCCCACGACCUGUCAACGACCGCCUGCAAGCCAACUCACCCUUCAUCGUUGGCCAACGGGUGCUCGACGCUCUUUUUCCGUCUGUGCAGGGGGGCACCGUGUGUAUACCAGGAGCCUUUGGUUGCGGGAAGACCGUCAUUUCACAAUCAGUCUCCAAAUUUUCCAACAGCGAUAUCAUCGUCUAUGUUGGGUAA